ACGUCAUAUGCAAGGUCUAAGAGGGCGUCUUGUGUGUGGUGAUAGAAUGUUAUGGUUAGGUUAAGAUAACAAUAACAAAGGUAGUUUAAAUUUAUUUUUAUUUGUUAUAUUAGUAGUGUAAAUAAUAUCAUCUAUCGUUAUUUUAUGACAUAUUUCUAACGUAAUACGUUUGAAAUUUUAAGUCUUUUUAGCGGAGACGAAUGCCAAAAAAGUCGGAAAUGAAUGGGUUGUCGUUCAGUGACAUCUGUUGUCUCUUUUGUUGUCCUCCUUUCCCAUCACGAAUUGCUGCCAAAUUGGCUUUCCUUCCGCCAGAUCCUACAUAUUCCUUUAUUCCAGAUGAAGCUGGAACAAAAUUUACUCUUAAACUAUCAGAUAGAGCUGAGUGGCAGUAUUCCCAGAAAGAACUUGAUAACUUCGAAGUAUUUUAUACACGAACAACAAGGGGCAAUCGCAUAGCAGGUAUGUAUGUUCAUUGUUCGCCAAAUGCAAGACAUACAGUACUUUUCAGUCAUGGGAAUGCCGUCGAUCUUGGUCAGAUGAGUAGUUUUUACUUAGGUUUGGGAUCUAGAAUAAAUUGUAAUAUUUUUAGUUAUGACUAUUCUGGAUAUGGAAUCAGUAGUGAUAAACCUUGUGAGAAAAAUUUAUACAGUGACAUUGAUGCUGCUUGGCAUUUAUUGAGAACAAAAUACAAUGUUAGCCCAGAAAACAUCAUUUUAUAUGGACAGAGCAUAGGGACUGUCCCAACUGUGGACUUGGCAUCAAGAUAUGAAGUAGGAGCAGUGAUUCUACAUUCACCUUUGACUUCUGGAAUGAGGGUGGCCUUCCCAAAUACCAAAAGAACUUGGUUUUUUGAUGCAUUUCCAAGCAUUGAAAAAAUCCACAAAGUAACCUCUCCGGUGCUGGUUAUCCAUGGAACAGAGGAUGAGGUGAUUGAAUUUUCUCAUGGUCUUGCAAUCUAUGAACGAUGUCCAAGACCAGUGGAGCCCUUGUGGGUAGAAGGAGCAGGUCACAAUGAUGUGGAAUUGUACGGACAGUACCUAGAACGUCUGAAACACUUGAUCUCUGUGGAGUUGGUUAAUUGACAUCAGCUUUAAAAUAAGUUACGGAAAUCUAACCUGGUCAUCUUAUCUAUUUCUAUCAUUGCUACACAAAGAAGUUUGAAUUUCUAGGAAAAAAAACUGUGACUUUACCUCGUACAAAGCUGAGUUAUAAACAAUAUGUCUGGUGAUAUUCUUUUAUCACAGUGACAUGAUGAAUCACUGGUAGUCUUCUUAGCCUUAAGAUAAAUCAAUUUAUUGAAAUUACAAAAAAAGGUGCCAUUUCAUGAAGAUACAAUUAUAUAUAUAUACACACACAUACAAGUACGUACUUCUGCAGGUUGCAUCAUCAGAUUGAGAAUAUGGAGAAAAGAACAUAUUCUAUAAGAGUUGAUUUUGACUUUCGUUAUUAAGAUUGUUUUAUUUUACCGAACAAAAAUUUUUCUUGAGUCUUUAAUAAUUAGAUUUUACCUGUUUGUAUUGGAAGUGUUGGGUAUACGAGUUCCUUUGUCCACCUGUGUUAAUGUGAAGGUAAUUGGUGUGCUCAAAAUGUACAGACAUAACAAAGAUUGGCACACUAUAACUUGCAUAGACAUUGUUCAUUAAUUGCGAGUCGACACCGAGAAAGUUUUAGUUUUAAAAUGGCCUUGUUCCUGUUUAGGUUUUGCAUAACAGCUUCAAAGGCAUCUAAACUAAAAGGUCUAAGUACUUUGUAUCGAUUUAUCCUGUCCACUUCAUUUCAACCUUAGAAAAUUUCAAAUAUAAGUAUAUUUUCUAUUUCGAAAUUUGUUCAUAUUUUACUUGAAAGUUAGUCGACAAUUUUUGGAGGUUGUAUGGGGGUAAGGAAAUCCAAUAAAAUACUUUUUAGGUGACUUUCCAAAAAGGAAAGAACAUAAAAUAUUGUAAUAAAUGAUAAAGGAAUUUAUGCAGUAUGAGAAAGACUGAUAAGUCUGGUGGAAUUUAUUUGGCAUAUCUAAAUUCCAUAUAUAAAUAUAACAUACUUCUUGAUUUGAAGAGUAGAAUUUUGAGUCGAGUAUAUUUCUGACAUAUGUUUCAAGUGGCAACCUUAAUGUAUAUUUAUUUUUCUAUACUUAAAUCUAGACAUAUCAUUAGCAUAACUAUUUUCAGUUGCAGUGUAGGAAGAAUUUGCCUUUACGGAAAGAAUAAAUUCGGAAGCAAGUUAGUGAAUGUACACGCUUAAGUUGAUGUUAAUCAUCGACACGUGUAUUUUACUGGUUUAGUUGUGUGUAUAGAUGUUUGAAGGUUUAGCAGGUUCGUCUGUAUUUUUGAAAGUGUCUUAACAUACUUAUCUGUAAGAUUAGCGAAUUUUCAAUGUUGAUUUCACUUUACUCUUGAUAAUAUAGUAGGUUUUUUGUACCUACUUGUAUGUUGUGCGUAUUAAUUUAAUAUCGUAGAUUUACACGUGUACGUGACUUUUGUGCACAUGUCAUGCAGUUUUUUUUAUUAUGAGUUGUUCUUUAAUUCUACUUUAAAAUUAGAUUAUUCAAGGAACAAAUAAAUAUAAAUGAUGAUGCUUUUAACCUAAAAAAGUACAACUACACUUCUUCUGCUUUGUGAUAACGAGAGCUUUGAAUGUUACAUGAAGAACAAACAGGGUAACUUUUAUCCUCAUUCUUACUAAAGGUGGAACUUAAUAGUGUUAACAGAUCAAAAUAUGGCGUAUUGUUUACAAAUUAGUGAGCAAUGUAAAAAGUUUCCCUUGCCGUGUACAAGACCUUAUGUUGCUAAAAGUGAGUAGGGCCUAAAUUUACUAGUUGAUAUGAAACUAACCAGCUGACUUCUUUAUCAUUUACUUUUAAUGGUGAGUGUACAUUAUUAGUAUUAGCUGGAUAAAUAUUUAAAUGAUAAGGGCUGGAUUUGAGGAUGUUUUUAUGAUAGUUUUUUAAUUUGGAAUUUAGUGGGUGGGACAGUCUUGAUGGACAACUAGGCCCCAUGUUGUUCUUACUUAUUAUGUCAUUGUCUCCAGAAUAUAGAACAAAGAAAACAGAGACCUUUAUCCUAUCAAGCCCCUGAAUAACCUUGUAAACUUCAAUAAGAUCAUAUCUAAAUGUGUUAAAGCACCAACCUUGAGCCAAUUUAAUCAUGGCAGAUUCACCAUUAAAAGUAAACAAUACACUACUCAUAAGCACGUGACUUUUUUACAGUCAUUAAACUGUACAGCUCUUUGGCUUGAUGAUCAGGGAAAGUGUGUAUUUCUGAAACACAGAUGCACAAUCUAGAAUAUCACUUUAGUUCUUAAUGAUUUCAUUUUGAUUAUAAUAGUUUUAUUUGACUAAUUAGUUAGCUUAUUUAGACAAAUAAAAUAUCUCGGGCUUACUAUUCAUUAGUACUGUUCUUAUGAAUUUACUAAAGCUAGUUGUGAACAGUAUCCCAUAAUAAUUUAUAAACUUGUUGUAUUUUUUUGGUGUACAUAUAGUAAAAUAACAUUUACUCAUACUGCCUUCAUUUCACAAUAAGCUAUUAGCCUAUGUGGUGGACUCAUAAAAGAAAUAUUUUUUGAAAUAAUGUUUUCAAGAAAAUAUCUAAUAAUCAAUUGAUUAGCUUCAUCUAUAAGAACACCGUUAACAUGAGUGUACACAGUUUUAAAGAACACUUUCAAACGGUUAUAUUCUUAUUGCUGCACCAAAGGAAAAAAUGUUACUUCCAGUACAGUAGUGUGAUAUUUAAAACAAUUUUUUACAUAUUUCUUGUAUAUUGUAAUUUGGCAAGUCAUUUAUAAUUACUAAUUUCUAAAAUUCAAUAAUGAUCUAAUACAAACAUUCCCAUCUUUCAUAAUCUUUUACAAUUCUCAUUUAACUUUGUGAAAUAACAUUUCUUUUAGCAGAGUUGGUGGUUUAAAGUUUGUUAAAACUAGGUCUCACUGAGUAUCAAUUAGCACAAGAAAUGAACAUUUGGAAGAAUAACAUUUUUCAACUACAAACAUUACUGAACUGUUACUCCUUUAUAAGACCAGUUUUUUUCUUCUUUCUUUAUUUGUUAAGUUCUGAUUACCAUAUCCAAGAUUUUCUUAAUAUUUUAAAUGGAUUUGGAGUAGAUUUGAGAAUUUAGCGUAAUGCCUGAAAAUUUAUACUGAUAUAUAGAGGGUGUGUUCAUUAUGAUGCUGCUGUGUAUGUACAUGUUUUCUACAUUAUAGUUUCAAAUCUACAUAAUUCACACUACAUCUGAAUUGUACAUUAUUGUUUCAAGUCUACAUGAUUCACACUAUAUCUGUUCUCU